AUGCAGUUUCAACCCUCCAUUCUCACACCUUUCCUCGCCCUUUUCACAAACGCUCAAUCGAUCAAUUUUCCUGAUAUUAACAUUCCGUCCAUACCUGACACGGCUUCUUUUGCUCCCUCAGCAGAUCUAACCAAUGGCAAAUCAUCCUCAUCCUCAUAUUCAUCCUCUUCCAGCUCUUUUGCAGACGGACAAGGAAGCACCAAUAUCCAGCAAGUUAACACAACGUGUGACUCCGAUGCAAACUGUGCGACUCGCGUCAAUGGCAUCGUCAAUGGGACCGCGGUAGGAGCCACAACUCUUGGAACAUCAACUGUGAGGAUAAUUAGCACGAGCACGAUUCCAGGUGCAAGUGGAAUCUUACAUCAGAGUGGAGAGACUGCUGGUCCUGUGAGAAAUGGAGGACUACUUGGAGGAAACGCAGAUUUGACAACGAGUGGAACGGCGGGGAGCACGGUGUUUGUGACAGAAACUGCGACUGCAAAGCCCACUGGAGUGGCAAGGGUGCAGGAUAUGAGUAGUGAGGCUAGGAGGGGAAUUUGUAGGAUGGGAAAAAUUAUCACGCUGGCACUUGGGAUUGCAAUAGGGGCUUUGAUAUUGUAAGGAUCAGCUUUAGGGUGUUUUUGUUCGCCGUGUUGUGGGCAAUGGUCAAGAAUAUAUGCUCAUUGACGCUGUUUCUUCGCUUGAAGUAGAAGAAGCAGUACAUAGAGAUCGGUUGUUGGAUCGAUUGUUGGAACGCUGUCACAAAAGUCCUGCGCUGGACUUGGGAUUUUGAACGUGGCUAUAGGAGUUGCUUGGAGUUCUCUAGGGUUCUUGAUAUAGGAUAAGCCGAUGGUAUUUCAAUUGGAUGGAUGUUGACUUGGUCUGCUAAAUUGUCUUCACUCAUAAAUUCUGCGGUUCUAAUUGGCUUCUUUCCUGUUUGACAAUCGAAUUAACUACCAAAGUAAUGAUUGUAGCAUCACUUAAUGUUUUUCCUGCUUGUGGAUAGCCUUAUAUUAAGAGAUUGACAAAUUACAAUAAAUUUGGUCAGAUGGCAUCUCAUUA